GCGUACCCCCACAUAUUAAAUCAACCACGCCUGGCAUCGACUAGUCCGACGGCCAUAUUGAAUGUCUUCACAAAUCGCCUUACGGUGGAUCUCAAUUGCACGGUUUUCUCACUCAUGUCCGUUCUAACAAGCUUCACGAGCAAAUUGGAGGUGACAAGAGUACAUUAAAUAUAUUCGUUUAGUUUACAGCGUGGAUAACCUGAAAGCAUUGAAUACUCCGAAUUGUGUCGGUCUUUGAAGCUGUAGUCCUUCACCAGAGGUCCUGUGAAACAGGGAAGCUGUCCGUCCUGUGAGUUGUCUUCUCAGCUGCCGGGUGAAGGGAGGAGAGGAGACAAACAUGCCGAAACCGAUUAAUGUGCGGGUGACCACCAUGGAUGCAGAGCUGGAGUUUGCCAUCCAGCCCAACACCACUGGCAAACAGCUCUUUGACCAGGUGGUGAAGACGGUGGGGCUUCGCGAGGUCUGGUUCUUCGGACUGCAGUACGUGGACAGCAAGGGUUACAGCACGUGGCUGAAGCUUAAUAAAAAGGUGACAGCCCAGGACGUAAAGAAGGAGAACCCUCUGCAGUUUAAGUUCCGGGCCAAGUUCUUCCCUGAGGACGUGUCUGAGGAGCUGAUCCAGGAGAUCACACAGAGACUCUUCUUCCUGCAGGUGAAGGAGGCCAUUUUGAACGAUGAGAACUACUGUCCCCCGGAGACUGCCGUGCUGCUGGCAUCCUACUCUGUCCAGGCCAAGUACGCCGACUACAACAACGACAGCCACAAGCCUGGCUACCUCACCAACGACAGACUGCUGCCACAGAGAGUCCUGGAGCAGCACAAGCUCACCAAGGAGCAGUGGGAGGACCGGAUACAGACCUGGCAUGAGGAGCACCGAGGCAUGCUCAGAGAGGACACAAUGAUGGAGUACCUGAAGAUAGCUCAGGACCUGGAGAUGUAUGGAGUCAACUACUUUGAGAUCAAGAACAAGAAGGGGACAGAGCUGUGGCUGGGAGUGGACGCCCUGGGACUCAACAUCUACGAACACGAAGACAAACUGACACCAAAGAUCGGCUUCCCUUGGAGCGAGAUCCGAAACAUCUCCUUCAACGACAAGAAGUUUGUCAUCAAACCCAUCGACAAGAAAGCUCCAGACUUUGUGUUCUACGCGCCGCGGUUGCGGAUCAACAAGCGGAUCCUGGCUCUGUGUAUGGGGAACCACGAGCUGUACAUGAGGAGGAGGAAGCCUGACACCAUCGAGGUGCAGCAGAUGAAGGCCCAGGCCAGAGAGGAGAAACACCACAAACAACAGGAGAGAGCCCAGCUGGAGAACGAGAAGAAGAAACGAGAGCACGCGGAGAAAGAGAAGGAGAGAAUAGAGCGAGAGAAGGACGAGCUGAUGGAGAGACUGAGGCUGAUCGAAGACCAGACGAUGAGGGCCCAGAAAGGACUGCUCUCAGCGCCAGAGUUGGAGGAGCAGACACGCAGGGCCCUGGAGCUGGAGCAGGAGAGGAAGGGAGCCAGGGAGGAGGCGGAGAGACUGGAGAGGGAGAGACAGGCAGCGGAGGAGGCCAAGGCGGAGCUGGCCAGGCAGGCCGCUGACCAGAUGAAGAACCAGGAACAACUGGCCGCUGAGCUGGGCGAGUUCACUGCCAAAAUAGCCCUGCUGGAGGAAGCCAAGAGAAAAAAGGAUGAGGAGGCCACUGAAUGGCAGCAGAAGGCCAUCUCAGCCCAGGACGACCUGGAGAAGACCAAGGAGGAGCUGAAGACGGUGAUGACGAUCUCAUCGACCCCAGCGGGCGGCUCCACUGAGAGCGAGCACGAGGAGCAGGACGAGAACCACGCAGAGGACGCCGCCGAGCUCUCCCUGGAGGGCGUGAGCGCCCUGGACCUGCGCAGCGAGGAGGAGCGCGUCACUGAGGCCCAGAAGAACGAGCGCCUCAAGAAACAGCUGCAGGUGUUGAGCUCGGAGCUGGCUGAAGCCAUAGACGAUACCAUGAAGACCCAGAAUGACAUGCUUCACGCGGAGAACGUGAAGGCCGGGAGAGACAAGUACAAGACCCUACGUCAGAUCCGCCUGGGCAACACCAAGCAGCGCAUCGACGAGUUUGAGUCCAUGUGAUCUGUUCUGGGUUCCCCCAUCUGUCCAUUGGCGACUCGCUUUUCACCAGAGCAACAGGCGCUGUCCCUCCUACACUCACCCUUUACCCCGUACCCAUAACCGCAAAGGUUCCAGAGGGCACGGCCGCCACCGCCUCAAACUUUGCCAAAGCUCUGCCCGCAUCUCCAUCAGGAAUCGCCCAAUCGGGCGCAAGCAACGCUUUGCACCGUUCUGAACAUGCUAUUCUCCUUAUAUUGCAAAGAAUACGUCUGUGCUUUGCUUUCAAAUAUCUAACAUGGAGACACAACAAAAACCAGAAUGGGGAAGAUUGGAUUUUUAAGCGAACAAGGCCAUCGGAAGCUUUUUUUUGUUGUUUUUGCCAGUAAGCUAGUAUGCAAUGCUUUAGUGUUACUGACUCUGUCUUCAGUUGAACUUAUUGAUGUUGUCUGGUACUUUCAAAACCGUUUUUUGUUCUGAUCUAUGAUUCUGACACGUUUUAUUGAAGCCCUGUUUCUUAAGUUCUCUGUGCUCAUUGGUCCGAGGCUGGUAGAGGCUUGUGUUAGUUGUGGGAUCGAUCUAUUCAGUUAUGUUGUGAACAAUUUCAAAACAUUGAAUUGUUUUAAAACAAAUGAGCCUAUGGGUAACAGGGUUGACAUGUUUAUGCUCGACCCAGUCAGUCUCCUACCACAAAAUGGCCAGAAAGAGUAGAACCAGCUCUCCUGCUUUUACACUAUGAUUUGACUAUUAGAUGUUCAAUUUUUCUUUUGGAGAAAAAAUAUAUUUAAAAAGGAAUAUUUUCAACAUAUUAAAGUGAGAGUUCAGUUGUCGUAACAGGGUUGACCUUUAAAAUGAGAGACCAGGUUUUUUUUUUUGUAACCUUAAUGAAUCACUAAUCACAUGAAAUAAAGUCUUCAGAAAUGUCUUCGUCAAAGCAACAAAAUAACUAUUGCUGAACAAUGAUGGUGAAAGCCUGGGGAAAUGUUGAUAAGUGGGUUAAAGUCUUCCUGGAAGUCGGAGGCACGGAGAGGAAUGCUGAAUUUUGCCACUGAGUCUUUAUUCAUAUAAAAAUCUGACUCAUUGAAUUUACCGUGGAGUCUAUGUUAAAGGGCACUUCAUUGAAAAGAACAGGCUUUUAAAAUUCUAUAUUGAUGCACCAUUUCGUCUUAAAAUAUCAAAGGGAUGCAAAAAGGAAGUUGUGGAACGGCCCUACUAUCUAGACUGAGCAUCAGUGCAAAGCCACUACACCAGUCUUGAGGAGAGGUGCGAGUCUUGAUGAAUAAACUGUAGAAUAUAGUGAGAUUUGAUUUGGUGCUCAAGGAUACAUAAUGUAGUAAAGCACAUUUGGUCGGAGAUAAACUGAUAGUAUGGUGAAGAUAAGCUAAUUGGUUAGGCGUGUGGGUAGGAAGAGGGUGAAAGCUGUUAGUUUAGCUCCUGUGAACUGACUCCUAGUGUUUCAUGUCCAGUCACCAUAGAUGCUUUUUACAGCCUACCAGCUCACAAAGGCCCAGGAAAGAUGGACAGAGAUGCUUAAGUGCGGUGAGAGUGCCAGUAUGUCUCUGUCUCUGCAUCGUAGUAACUUUUGAAGAGGUAUACCAUGGUCUUUCUGGCUGGAGAGCACAUGAAAACGUCAGUACUUGUCGGAGAAGAGAUCUCUACCUCAAUACUGUAACCACAGUGACUGACCCAAUCAAACACUCUGUCUCAAUCUCCUCCCACAGAUUCUGAGUUUUGACUGUGGCUUGGCUAGUUCAGACUAGGAGGUGAUGUUGCUUUAUUGGUUAACAUUUCAACCAAAAUAAGAAUGCUAUUUUUAUGCCAGAUGUACUUUCAAGCGGUGACUCAUUCAAGUGUCACUAGUGGAGAAUUGAUCAAAAAAUGUUUUACGCGGUGGCCUCUUUGAUACAUCUACCUUUUUGUUUUGUGUUACUAAAGUUUCUCUGAACUACACCUAAAUUAUCCAGAAGAUCAAAUGUCAAGCAAUCCAAGCCAAUCCAGCACCGAGGACGCGGCUGUGAGUCUGUAGUGGACUGUUCUGAUACUGUGCAGUAGUGAGGUUGAGGACAUCAGUGACCCAGGCUGUGUAGACAUGGUGUCUGUGUCCUGUGGUAGUGGAGCUGGUUUGACUGGUUAUUGUUAAGAGCUGUUUGGACUUGGGACCUGCAUCUGUCUGCUGACAGCCAACUGGGGCCAGAAUAGGACAGUCAUGUUUCUCCUCAGCUGCUGGACAGAUCUGCUCACCGUUCUCUCUGCCACAGCUGUCAGCAGGAUGGAUGGAAACCCAAUGGCAGAGUGCCACCAAUUUAGGACUGUGAAGAGACAGACUGGUGCAGAUGUCCGAGGUGAAUGUGCCCCCCUAUCUAUUUGCUGUCAUUAGAGGGACCCAAGCUCUUGUGGUCCCCCCCCCCCCUCGAUCUUAGAAUUCUGCAGAUUUAAAUGUUAUGUUCAGUGGGAAUGGAGAACAGGCCAAUUUACUUUUUUUCAGACCUUGAUCUUUUCUCACCCAACCUUUUUACUCGCUCCAACUAAAAAUAACUCCAGUUUUGUGGAUAAAUGUUACUGAUGCGUUUUGAAUGAAACGGAGUGUUCAGUUUUUAUUUGCAAUCAGAUGACGUGAUUAUUUGUUAUGCUACACUAGAUAGCUGGUUUAAGUUGAGAUCUUUAAAGCCAGAGUUUUAAUAAAAUAAAGCACUUGUUUGGAUCCGGAGGACACUGAAGGGGCUUGACCCAAACCUGCCUUUUAGUUAACCCAGUGAGUGUCCAAAUAUAGGGAUUGUAUUUGCCAUAGCAGGUGAAAAACAAAACUGUGCUUCCAACUUAUUUUUUGUAAUGUGUUUCCAAGAUCAAACUAUCUACCAGCAUGCAUCAGUAGCUCACUGGAGGUGAAAAGAGAACUACUCUACAUGCCACCAUCCCCCAUAUUGUUGAGUUGUGCUUUUCCCAUUGGCUGAGCCUGUUAGCCUGCUUGUUUGACCACCAAUGAGAACCGUGUCAGUGAUGCCUCUUUUGGAAACAGCUGUCAUGUUUGCAGUUCAGUUUUUCCUUAAGCUUAAAACUAGUGUUUCUGUAAGAUGGACACAGAUGGACCUCAGUCCAUUGGUUUCACAAUAAAAGUUAAAAACUAUGUUUUUUGUUUUUGUUUAUCAAUCAUUUAAACAUACUAUAUUAUAUCUCUGACACCAGUAAAAUAUGUUUUAAGUGAU